AUGACGCUGAUAACGCUUGCUGUGCGUACGAGGAAGAGUUUCCUGGGACUCUACAAAGUGGACCAUGUUGAGCAACCCGCAGUGCCCGAGACGCCAACGAGAGACUCGCCUCCAUCAAUCAAAGAUCGUACAUCAUGCAGUCUUGAAGACCUUGGUCAGAGUCCUUCCUCCAAUGAUUCGUCUAGGACGGACAGUCCUUCCAAGCGGAGCAGCAAGUUGGCGCGGUCCCUGCGAAAGCUAAGAUCAAGUUUUGAUGUCAUGAAAGCCAAAUCCAGUCAUGACGACGACUCUCGCAGUUGUCUCAACGAGGUUGAUUUACGGUUUUCCUUUGCCUUGCUGAUGAAUGCUAACCUCACUUCCCAGACGCCUUCAUUGAAAGCUAUGCCGUCUGUUGCACUUGCUUUAGAGACCCCUCCUGCUAGUCAGAUCCUGUUCGUCCGCAAACGAACUAGUCCAGAUACUUCCGAAGUGGGUAUACACCGAUCAUCGCCCAUCGCCGUCCCGGGUAGUAGGCAGUCGACGCCGCCUCCAAAAGCAUCGCUGCCUGGUGGAACCAUUCCCGACACGCCAGGCCACCUGACAAGAGCUAUGCAGGCAUCACCAGGAUUCUCGGAUUCGCCUGGUAGCUCUCCAGAGCGCCCAGAGCUGUCGGCAAUGUUAGCCAUGAGGGAGCCAAUUCCUACGCCGAUGCCAGGGACUAACCUUACCUUUGAAGACAUCAAACCUCCCGAUGUUCCCAUGGUUUCUCCCGCUGUCCGCUCCAUGGGUACCAAUGGCUACUUUUCGCUUGAUAUGGUUGCCAAUGAGGGUUCAGGGGUUAGUACCGAGUUGACCUUUGAUGCUCCCACCGGGCGCGCAUCUCAUUCAAAGAGGAGUGGCAAGGACGACAUGACCCGUCGUUCGGAGUGCGUAGACGAAUGGGAAAGAGUUGACUCGAGGAUUGUCGUUGCUUUACAGAAUUUUGAGGAGCUCUGUCGAAUCCACGUUGAGCCUCAAGAAGCAGAACCCGCAGUCAACCGGCAAGGUCAAGACACGGAGCCCUCUGAAGGUGAGCCCAAGUCUGUUCGUUGCGAAAUCCGGUGGGGCCAACACGCUGGGAUGUACGAUGGUUCUGGAUAUGCUGCACCGACGCCUAUCCAGACCGACGGUGCCAUUAGUGCCGACAUUACUGACGCAACGGCCAACCCAUCAAAUGGUGCCAUCCGUGACAGUCGUUACAGCAUUUCCUCUAUCGGGGCACGCAGCUCGCUGGAUGAUAGGGAAUAUCUGCAGGAGAUCAUUCGCGCGUAUUCUGUCUUCGAUGAAGUAGAGGAACGAAGGGAUGACCACAUAGAGGAGCCGCGCGUCUCUCGAAAAGCAUCGGGCGAGCACAAGAAAAGCGUCGCAACGCAAACCGACAUGGGAAUGGCUGUAUACUGA